AUGAGCUUGCCUGUCCGACAACAACCACAAGGGGGAUUUGUGGAAGCCUCACCCGCCGAUCGUAAGAAUAGCCAGCAAAACCUCGAAUGUAAGCACAGAGAAAACGAGUGUUGCGCUCAUCUUGAUUUCGACUGGGAGGAAUUGAAAACAAACGUUUUCACGUGGAGCGCUGCUUGCUCCAAUAUGUGUCGUCUUGGACUGAUGGUGAUAAUGAUAAUAAUGAUAAUCGAUCGUCAACGAAGUGCUUGGGACGGAUACGUUUACAAAGGAAUGGAUGGUCGUUUAUCGACCAAGCCCAAUGGACGGAAGGAGCUUGUCUGUUUCGGAGUGGCGUUGGUGGCGGUGCAGGCAGUCGAAUUGAUCAACCCAAUGUUCAUCAUCUGCGGGCAGGGUUUGGGACAGAUCGCAUCAUCCAUCUUCUGGACAAUAUCAUUUAUUGACAGCUCUCUCGUGUGUCAGUUUCUCAUCUUGGAUUUUCAGCUACCACAGAAUUAUAAGAAAUCGUCGCAGCAGUGA